ACACUAGGCUGAAACUAUGCAAUUCUAAUGUGUGUGCCGAGCGACAAUCUUUAUUGAUGCUGGAAGUAUGACCUUUAGGAUGUUAAGAAUCAUGCAUUUCCCUCCAUUUUUUGUUUUAAAAAUCGGUACCGGCUCUUUAAUUUGUAUAGCCCUUUUAACCUCCUGUUUUAACCUUAAUCGUGAAGUUGUUGCUGCCAAUAAGCCAUCUGGAAUUUUAAACGUGUUACAGGGUCGCAGUUGCAAACUAUUCAAUGAGUAUGCUGAGUUGGUUCGGGCGAUUCCUGAGUAUGAGGUCAAGCUAAUAGAGGUAGUCAAGUAUAACAAGACAUUGCCCGUAUUGAAUUUUCAGUUCAUCCUGCAUGAUCAGUCAGUAAUGAGCUACAAGCUGUGGGUAGAUGGAUAUCAAAAGUACGGCAUGGAACAUAUUUACAAGCGCAGUGCAUUGGCGUUGCACACCACUGUUUGUGACUCAGUCAGUGGCAGUUUCUUUUUCACGAAUGCCCUGCGCAAUUUCACCAAUUUACCUAGUAAAUGUCCGCUCAAAGUCGGGCACCUUUACUAUGUGCGACGGUUUUAUUUCAAUGAGAAGUCCACACCUCCGACAUUUCCGGGCUACAAAUGGCGGUUCGACGUUCAAAUCGGGCCUGAGGGCUCACGAGACACCAACAGAUCAUCUCUCUACAGAUUUUACCUCCGCGUCGAGUGGCAUGAUCGCGGUGCAACGUCCUAGCCGAAAGGCAAAAAUAACCCGAGGGAGCAAGAUUCCAUGGAAACGCUUUGAUACUGACCGGGGGGUUUGGAAAUGCAAUCUAUAGGUAAUAAAUCGUAUUCGAUACCUACAUCAAACGGGUGAGAUUGUAUCGAUAUCGAUUGGUUCAGAACAUAAACAUACCCUCAAAAGUCAAUUGAGUAAUCUGACGGAACGGGUUUUUUGUGACAGAGUUUUGAUUUGUAUACGAGUACUGAUUGGCCAAAAGUAGUGAAAUUGCUACGAAAUUUCUCGUUUUCAGCUUUUCUGAUUAUUAUCCCAAAAUUUUGGUUUAGGUUACGUUCUAUUGUUUUGAACCAAACGAUACAUCGAACCACUAUCGAAUGCGAUCCAUACUGAUUUGAAUGGCUUAGAGGACAAGGCGCUUGAGUGCAGUUACGUAUAGUGCGAUCUAAUAUUAGACUUCCGCUGCUAGGAUUUUUUGUUGCGAUGACCCAGAAAUACCACGACGUAUAUAUUAUGUCUAUGUAGAAGAUGCUUGUUUGAAGUUUCAGAUUUAUAUGGGAGCCUAUGACGGAGAGAAAGCUCAAACUUACUUUUAUGAUACUUAAAAAUUGGAUUUUAGUACCAAA